AUGAGAGGAGAAAAUAAUAAGUUGGAAAAGGACAUUAGCUGGAAAGAAUUAUCACUGUCUCAUCUUGAUCCUCACCCAAAAGAAUAUGAAUUGGAAGUUCAAAAGAUAGUCAAUUUACAAAGUUUAGCAAAUCAAUUACCAGAUGCAUUUACUGACCCGAAGAGAGUAACAAAAUCACAUAUUCUAACUGUUAAUGCUCCUAUUAAAAUUGAUGUCCCUGAUGGACAACCAAUUGUGAAUGAUUCUAAAGCAUGCAUGAAGCGUGGCAGGCCCAUCGGCUCCAAAGAUAAAAAUCCUCCUAAGAAAAAAGGAGCUAAAAGUAUAGAUGGCCUAGUCGAGAAUAAUUUAGAAAAGUUAGCAACUCCAGAAGAGUCAUUAGACAACGCUAACGUCCCAAUUCUCAGUGAAAGUCAGGUACCUGAAAUAUGUGAAAAUGAUGAGAUCUCAAUUAAUUAUGUUAUGAAUGGGAUACGAUGGGACUGA